CAGUAAUGAGGUAUACUGUGUAACAUAAACUUCGUUUAGAUCGCUGCCCUCUUGUUUAUUGCUUAGCUGCUUUAACUCCUGGGACUCGCCGCGACGACUGGUGGAUAGCCCUGUUCAAGUGGGUGCUUAGCAGAGCAAACCAAGUUUCUAUCUGCUAUACUUUGGGUUAAGGGUUCUGGGGGCACCGAAACAGCAGGGCGACAGAGGCUGCUACGACGAUGCCCCCCUACUCGAACCUUCAGCAUUUGAAGCUCCAGUACAGGGAGUUUCUGCGCAAAACAGCAGCAUACCAUCGCAGUGAAAGCGGGGAUGCGUGCACCCAGAAUUAUUACGUGGAACGGGCAUGCGUGGAGGCGACGUUUGAGCACUCCUUUGCUAGGCUGCGGCAGAUAGCUACAACAGUAAGCGUUUCGGAGCUUCGUGCAUAUUACCAAGCCCGCAAGGAGCGUGCUAAGGCGCGACUGCGGCGUGCGAUUGAUGCCAAGGUGUCGCGUUUUGGCACCUAUCUAGACAACGUCAGGACCAGCACGACACAGUUAGCGGCCUCUUCAGAUGGAUCUGUUCAAAACCAGAGCACUUCUUCGUCUCUCGAGCAAGCCUCAGAAGGCGCAUCAUCUUCGCGAACGGUGGUAACAGCGAGCACAGGCAGCAGUGGCCAGGAGCUUCAACAACUUUACGGGGCGGAUGGCUUUCUUCGGCGCGCCGUGCUGUACCUGGUGGGAAGCGCGGCCCGCGUCUACAUGACCGGCCUCAACUCCACCAGCGUGGAGGGGCUGGACCACAUGUCUGCGGCGCUGCAGCGACCCGCGGGUCAGGCGCUAAUCACCGUGUCAAACCACGUGGCGGCGCUGGACGACCCGCUGGUGGUCACCACGCUGCUGCCGGAGGGCACCCUGGAGCAGCCGGAUAAGCUGAGGUGGACCCUCUGCGCCUCGGACCGCUGCUUCCGCUACGCUGCCUUCGUGCCCUUCUUCCGCGCCGCCAAGGUGCUGCCAGUGGUGCGCGGCGGCGGCAUGACGCAGCCGGGCAUGGCGGCGGCGGAGGCGCGGCUGGCGGCCGGCGACUGGGUGCACAUCUUCCCCGAGGGCACCCGCUCCCCUGACGGCGUGAAGCUGGGGGCGGUGCGCAAGGGCGUGGGGCGGCUGGUGGCGUCCGUGCCCGAGGGCAGCCCGCCGCCGCUGGUGCUGCCGUUCGUGCACCGGGGCAUGGAGGGCGUCAUGCCGCGGGGGGCGGUGCUGCCCGCCACCGGACAGCAGGUGGACGUGCUGGUGGGGAAGCCCAUCCCCGUGGGUGACCUGCUGGCAGCCGCGCGGCAGGAGGGCUGGUCGGAGGACCGCCUGCACACGGCGGUGGCGGCCCGCGUGGCGCACCGCCUGCAGCACCUGGCCGCACGGCUGGACGCGCGGCGAGCAGGGCUGCCCGACCCCGGGCCCGAGGAGGAGCCGCCCGCCCCCGCCGGGGUCAGCUCGCUGGACCAGUUUGACCCGGCUGACCUGCUGCUGGCGGAGCGGCUGCGGCAGCAGCGGCGGCGCAGCGGGGGCGCCAUGGCGGCGGCCUGGGAGCGACUGAAGUUCAGGCAGGGACUGCAGCACCGCAGCUGGGCCAUGCAGGAGGUGUCAGCACCCCAGGCGCCGGCGGUGGCGGCGGUGGGAGGAGGAGGAG